AUGGAUUGACUAAAGAUAAAGAUACUGAAGAUUUUUCAUUAGUUUUAGAUGUUAUAGAUUUUAAUUUACAGGAAUAUUUGAUAAAAAAUAAUUCCAUCAUUGGAUGGAAAGAACGUUGCCAGAUUCCUUAUAAAAUAUCUCAUUAUGACAUAACGAUGGAUAACAAAAUAAAAAUUUCUUAUGUAGACCCAGAAAUGUUUAUAAAUAUACAAAUCCAUUUCCCGGAAAACAUUUCAUCUGGAGAAGGCCCAGGAAAUUUUAUAAAAACACAAAUCCACUUUUCAGAAAAUGUUUCGUCUAGAGAAAGCCCAAGAAAUUUUAUAAGAGCUGAAAUUCAAUUUUCGGAAAAUUUAUCAUCCGGAGAAGACCCAGGAAAUUUCAUAAGAGCUGAAAUUCAAUUUCCGGAAAAUUUAUCAUCCAGAGAAAGCCCAGAAAAUUUUCUAAAAUCUAGGAUUUACUUUUUUCAGGACCUUACAGAACUGACUUUAGCUUAUAAUAGAGUAGCUUACAAAUGGAAUAGCACUAAAAUAAUAGAGGCUAACUGA